CCACCCAUUGAGGUGUCAGCGAGCCAACAGGAUUUCUUCAAAAUGUUGGACGAAAAAAUAGAAAAGGGCAAGGACUACGAUUCAUCCAGUGAAACUGAAGUGAAAUUAGAACAAGAGCGACGACGAAUUCUGAUAGAGAAAUGGCGGUCGGCCUCGCAGUCCACACAGUCCUCGCAGUCGCAGCCGAGCCCGCCCACGCCCGCAAGGAGACGUGUUCCCAGGCCGAUGCCGCAGCCGCCAGAGCGACAGAAUAGCCCCGGCGCCGUGAGGAGGUGCUACAGGCAGCAACACGUCCCUGAAGGCAUGUCGCCCCCACCGAGGCGAGCACACAGCGCCCAGUCCCACCAUCCGCCCGACUCGCGCCCCAUCAACGGAGAUAACUGGCACGAUCCCACCAAAUCACCCGUCAAAAGACCACAGAGCGCCGGCUCCAACUGGAAGAGUAAUCCUAAAGUCGCACCUUACAAUCAAAAAACUAAAAAGACUGAAACGAAUGAACACCAAAGAGCAAACCAAAAAGAAAUAGAAUGUGAAAUUAGUGCAGAAGCGUCGCAGAUCACUUACAACCCUACAUUCCAAAGUCACAGUCCGGCGCAUUCUGCCAAAGGGCAGCAGCCGUAUAUCGCGCAGAUAGUAAGCUAUCCUAAAUCACAACAAGUGAACCCCCCUUCACCACCAAAGUUCAUAGCUCCGCCCGAAGAAUACCAAGAUCCUCAAAACACUGUAGAUAACAAAUACAACAACGUUCAAAAAUCAGCUCCGACGACGCAGCCUAACAAUCAAUUCCCGAACGUGGAAUAUACACAGACUCCGAGAAUGUACGAGGGAGAGGAAUUUUCGAUGCAAUAUGGUCAUCCAGCUAUGAGACCACACAGCGCCCCCACUCCAGUUGGUGUUGUAAGGCCGAUGCCUGUAGCGCCAAGCUUCAAGCCUUUACCAGACGGGACCCAUAUGGUACAAAUGCCGAUGUGGACGCAUAUGCCACCUGUGGUAUCGACGAUGCCGUGGGUACCGGGGCAAGUACCUCACGAGAUGCAGUACUACCCGCAGUCACAGUACUUCCCGAUGUACAGACCGCACUCGGCGGGUUCCGCGGGGACNCUCACGAGAUAUCAUAAGAAGGAAUCGAGCGAGGGUGAUGUGAAGAAUGUGUGCCAAAGUAUAAAUGUAGUGAGACAGAAGGUGGUAGGUCAGAUCGUGUCGGUAGCGGGGCAGGGACAGGAGCUGACGGUAUGCAGUAGCGCCAGUGACAGUCCAAGCCCAGCGUCAGUUAGCACGGACAGUGGCGUGUCCCCCGGGAACAGCGCGCCCAGCUCCAAAACCUCUUUCGGUUCCGACACCGCCACGGAUAAGAGUAAAAAGAAAUCGAUGCCACUCAACGCGAGAUCAUUGAAAAAUUCUAAAAGUCUAGAUAAUUAGUGACAGGUUUGUAAUUAUGUAGAUUUUCUAAAUGUACGUAGCGUCUAGUCGAUGUGAGGAACGGUGUAAAUUAUAGUGAAAUUAGAAUCUAAAAUGCUUAUUGUACUAUACGGUAUGGAUGUUUUGCCGCUCUGAAGAAGAA